UAAGCCGGCUGCCAGGCAACAGCGCGCUUCCCCGCGGGCCAGCGGCCGCGCCGCGCUCCUCCCGCCUCUUCCGUGCAGGCGGGCGCGGGAUCCUAGGCGUAUCCAGGCCGGGUUUUGCGGCGGCACGCGCGCGUGUUGAUUCCGCAUCUGUCGCUCUGGGCAUCGGUCGGAGGCGGGAGAUCAUGGUGCUGGACGAACCGUGGGCCGCGCUGUCUGGCGCCUCUGGGGCUGCCCUGGCCUGCUGCUUCGUCGCGGCGGCCGUGGCCCUGCGCUGGUCAAGUCACCGGCCGGCGCGGGGCGCGGUGGCCCGGGCGCGACAGAGGCAGCAGGCGGCCCUGGAGACCAUGGACAAGGCGGCGCAGCGCUUCCGCCUCCAGGAACCCUCCCUGAACCCCAAGGCCAUCCUGGAGCUGCCCCUGGAGAGUCUGGCCCAGAAGCUGCAGGAUGAAGAGCUCAGUCUGGAGAGUGUCCUCUGUAGCUACUUAGAGGAGGCAUUGAAGAAGCUCAAGAAGACUGAGAGAGGCCUUCUCUAUGGGGUUCCCAUCAGCCUCAAGGACACCUAUGACUGCAAGGGCCAUGACUCUACGUGUGGCCUGGCCCAGUUCCUGGAGAAGCCUGCGGCCAAGGAUGGGGUCAUUGUGAAAGCGCUCAAGGCUCAGGGAGCUAUUCCCUUGGUUAAGACCAACAUCCCCCAGACACUGCUCAGCUUUUAUUGCAGCAACCCCAUCUAUGGACGGACCCUGAACCCCCUGAACUUAAAGAAGACACCUGGGGGUUCCUCAGGGAGUGAGGGAGUCAUGCUGGCACAAGGGGGUUUCAUCCUGGGCAUGGGGUCCAACAUUGCUGGCAGCAUCCGCAUACCAGCCAGCUUUUGUGGGGUCUGUGGCUUCCGGACCACGGGAUACCGCCUCAGCUACUCUGGAAUCGCCUCUGCUGUCAAAGGCAAGAAAUCAGUGACUACAGUGGCUGGCCCCAUGGCCCGGGAUGUGGAGAGCCUGGUGCUGUGUAUGCGAGCCCUGCUAAGUGAAGACAUGCACCGAUUGGACCCCACUGUGCCUUUCAUGCCCUUCAGGGAGGAGGUAUACUCCAGUAACCAGCCCCUUCGAAUUGGCUACUGUGAAUCAGAUGGCUUCACCCAGCCAACUCCUAGCAUGGCCAGGGCCAUGAGGCUCACCUCCAGGCUGCUCCAGGAUGCAGGACAUCAGGUCAUCCCCUUCUCCAUCCCCCGUGUAGAGUAUGCUGUCGAACACCUGUUCGUGGGAGGUCUGUUUGCCGAUGGAGGGGCCACCCUUCUGGAGAAGAUUGAGGGGGACAUUGUGGACCUUUGCAUAAAGACAAUGAUCAAUACGCUCCGCCUGCCAGACCCUCUCAAGUGUUUCUCAGCCUAUAUCCUGAAGUACAUAGAUCCCCGACCUAGCCAGAAGUUGAAAGAGAUUCGUGGAAUGGGGUGA